AUGCAGUACAAGAAAAAGGCAUGGGAGGUCGUUGGUGAUGAAAUGUUCAAGCUGGACAAGGGUCAGAAAUUGAUAAUGUCCAGCAGAAAUCAAAUGAUUACGUUGGGAGACAAUGCGCAGGAUAGGAUAAAGCGAUGGCAGGUACAGCAAAGGGUAAAGACCCCUAGAGACAUGGAUCACCGGCCACGACGAUUUCACAACUGCUACGGCGUGGCAGAGGUGCCUGAUAAUGACUUGACCACCUACAACGAAGUCGAGAUCGAUUGGGUUGCGAUGAAGCGUGAUAACCCUCGGAGGCACAGCAAUUGGGUCGAGCAUUCUUUCGCCUAUGAUAUGUCUAAGUUCACUUCGAAAGUGAGGAACAGUUUCUACGCCGAUAAGAAAACCAUAUACAUCUACUCCUACCCCCGCUCGGACCCCCCUUAG